CUCGGUUCGACUGCUCAAGCUUAGCAAGUUAAGGUGGUUUUUCACCGCCGUUUCUGCUCCUCUGGUUAACCUUUCAAGCCGUAUCAAUUCGUGAAGCAAAAUUGAAAUUUGGCAGGUUAAUUUCUUGCAGUGUUUAAAACCCGCAUCCCUUCUCAAGUACUCCAGAAAUUCGACAGUUUUUCUUUGUCCCGUCCAGAAAUCAGUUUAAACAAUGGAAAUAGAAGAGCUCAUCCAGAGGGCCAAGCUGGCAGAGCAAGCUGAGCGCUUUGAAGACAUGGCCAACUGCAUGAAGAGCGUCACACAGAAGGGCGAAAAGCUGUCAAUAGAGCACAGGAACCUGCUGUCGGUGGCGUAUAAAAACGUGGUCGGGGCGAGGCGGUCUGCAUGGAGGAUGCUCACCAGCAUUGGGUCCAAAACAGACCCGAGCGAGUCUAAACACAAGCUGGUCAAGGAGUAUCAGGAGAAAGUGGAGGAGGAGCUGAAAACGAUCUGCCACACUGUCUUGGAGCUGCUGGAUCAAUAUUUAAUUCCAGACUCUAAGGACAAUGCUGAGAGCUAUGUUUUUUAUUUGAAGAUGAAGGGAGACUACUUCCGUUACCUUGCUGAGGUAGCCAGUGAGGCUGAUAAAAAGGACACUACUGCAAAUUCCAAAAAGGCAUAUGAGGAUGCACUGGAAUUCUGUAAGGCGGAGAUGGAUCCUACUCAUCCCAUUCGCCUGGGCUUGGCUCUGAAUUUCUCAGUCUUCUAUUAUGAAAUUCUCAACUCACCCAAGGAAGCCUGCACUCUGGCAAAAGAAGCCUUCGAUGCAGCCAUUGCUGAACUGGACAAACUAAAUGAGGAGUCCUACAAAGACAGCACUCUGAUCAUGCAGCUAUUGAGAGACAACCUCACACUAUGGACCUCUGAUAAUGCUGGUGAAGAGGGUGAUGGCGAGGGAGAUGGAGGAGAGGCUGAAAAUGACAACUAAAUCUCAUCUUAAGUAAUUUCCUCAUUCCUGAAUGCUCCUCAUUCUUCCUAUGAUUCCCAUUGCUUAGAGUUGUGAAUGGAAAUUUCAAAUAAAAAAUAUUUUCACUGUUUAGAUUUGAAGUAAUGAAAAACUUGUCCAUUCCUUUUGGUUUGUCCUGUUUUGUAUAUGUGCAGUUUUACCUCUACUUGCAUAACCUGCCAUCAGCUUUUGACUGGAAAUGCUUUUUGGACUAAUGCUUUAAAGCAAAUAUUACAUCUGGGCCUUUUCCAAACCUUUGUCUAUGCCCUUUAGACGAGGGGUUGCGGUUUGAGCAUUUGAGAUCUAUAAUGGAGUAGCCAGUGUUCAUUACAAGCUGGCAACAAUUUUAACCCAACAUUGUUAAGACGGUUGUUUUAAAUGCUUAUUUCCUUGUAUCAUUGUUUUUGAAGCAUGGCUCUUGAGCUCUUUUGAUCAAAAUGAGGUUCUAGUAUAAAUCUUUGUCUUAGAUGUCACACUGGAAUGGGGCAAUUGCUAUUAUCACAUUUAAAAUGGUCAAAAUGGUAAAUUUCCAUACAGAUUUGUUCAUCUGUCUAGUGAUUGUCAUAAAUUAUCUAAACCACUAUUGUUUUGAUAUUCACUUUGCAGUGCUCAAAACCUUUGAGGAACUGUUUGGAUUCCAGUGUAUUGGCUAAAAAGAAUAAAGCAUUUUAUAAACCA